AUGAUGGCUCGGGGAAGAGGCGGUGCGAUCGGUGGCGUCCUCGCCUUGGCGCUCCUAGUCGGCCUCUUGGUGGCAACCAGCGCCCCAGUCGCCGAGGCGGCGGCGUCGUACAUGGUCGGCGAUUACGGCGGGUGGAAGUUCAACGUGGACAAGUGGGCCAAGGGGAGGACGUUCCGCGCCGGCGACGUGCUCGUGUUCAACUACAACCGAGCGGUGCACGACGUGGCGGUCGUGAACGCGGCGGCGUACCGGAGCUGCGCGGUGCCCAAGGGCGCCAAGGUGCUGCGGAGCGGGCGCGACAAGGUGAGGCUCGGCAGAGGCACGCACUACUUCGCCUGCACCGUGCGGGGACACUGCCAGGCCGGAAUGAAGAUCGCCGUCAGGGCCGUGUAG